CCACCAUGAGGAACAUCUUCAAGAGGAACCAGGAGCCCAUGGUGGCUCCCACCACCACCACCAUGCCCGCUGGGCCCCUGGACAACUCCACCGAGAGCGGAGGCGCCAGGGAGGGCAAGGGGGACCUGUUUGCCACGUUGAAGGACCGAUUCUUCAAUGAGAUGGUCAAGUUCCCUCGUGAGUAUCCCUUGCCCCGCUGGGCGCUGGGCGCCAUCGCGGUGCUCCUGGGCCUUCUGCUGCUCGCCUGCUGCUUCUGCAUCUGCAAGAAGUGCUGCUGGAAGAAGAAGAAGAGCAAGAAGGAGAAGGGCAAGGGCGCCAAGGACGCCGUGAGCAUGAAGGACGUGAAGCGCGGCCAGGACGAUGACGACGCCGAGACGGGCCUGACGGAGGGCGAGGGCGAGGGCGAGGGCGAGGGCGAGGAGCCGGAGAACCUGGGGAAGCUGCAGUUCUCCCUGGACUACGAGUUCCAGGCCAACCAGCUCACCGUGGGCGUCCUGCAGGCCGCGGAGCUGCCCGCCCUGGACAUGGGCGGCACCUCGGAUCCUUAUGUCAAGGUCUUCCUCCUUCCAGACAAGAAGAAGAAAUAUGAGACCAAAGUCCAUCGGAAGACGCUGAACCCCGCCUUCAAUGAGACUUUCACCUUCAAGGUGCCCUACCAGGAGCUGGGGGGCAAGACCCUGGUGAUGGCCAUCUACGACUUUGACCGCUUCUCCAAACACGACAUCAUCGGGGAGGUGAAGGUGCCCAUGAACACCGUGGACCUGGGGCAGCCCAUCGAGGAGUGGAGGGACCUGCAGGGCGGAGAGAAGGAGGAGCCGGAGAAGCUGGGUGACAUCUGCACCUCGUUGCGCUACGUGCCCACAGCUGGGAAGCUCACCGUCUGCAUCCUGGAGGCCAAGAAUCUCAAGAAGAUGGACGUGGGUGGCCUUUCAGACCCCUACGUGAAGAUCCACCUGAUGCAGAACGGCAAGAGGCUCAAGAAGAAGAAGACGACGGUGAAAAAGAAGACCCUGAACCCCUACUUCAACGAGUCCUUCAGCUUCGAGAUCCCCUGCGAGCAGAUCCAGAAAGUCCAGGUGGUGGUCACCGUGCUGGAUUAUGACAAGCUGGGCAAGAACGAAGCCAUCGGCAAGAUCUUCGUGGGCAGCAGCGCCACGGGCACGGAGCUGCGGCACUGGUCCGACAUGCUGGCCAACCCCCGCCGGCCCAUCGCCCAGUGGCACUCGCUCAAGCCCGAGGAGGAGGUGGACGCGCUGCUAGGCAAGAACAAGUAGGGCCGCGGCCGAGCCGCCGC